GCAUCAGUUCGCUUCACUGUUUGCUCCACUUGUGGUUGUAGAAAUUGAAUCGAGAUAUUUUUUGGAGUGUUGGUUACGUUGGGGAAUCGAUAUCCAAAUCCAGUUUUUGUUUUGCUGCACCCAGAGCGAAUCGAUCGAAGAAGGACCCUGUUGCAUUAUUAUCGUUAUCAAAUCCCAAGGUGAAGAAAGACGGCGGAGGUGGAAACCUUGAUGCGUCAUAUUUGAGAAAAGACUCGGGUGAUAAAAGUUUGUGUGUUUUCGGAUCGAAAAGUUUAUAAUUUGUACGGAAGUUUUACGCUUUUUUAGGACAAAUUGCUGAGCUCUCCGAAGAAGCCCGAGAUGCCUCCGGCCAAUAACAACAGCAAUAACGAUGAUUUACCCCCGCCCAAGGCGGACUUUAGUGCUCCGCCGCCAUACGAAGUCACGGACAACAAUGCCCAUCAUCAGUACGCUCAACCAAACCAUCAAGAAAUGACCACCAAGCUGCCAACGUAUGAAGAGGUCCAGAUGGAGAAGAUGAUUAAUCACGAGAUGCCGAUUCCUCCGGGCGCCAACGGCCAUAUGCCACCGCCACCGCCCAGUAUUACUGGACUUCCGAUGGGACCAAUUGGUCGCACUCCAGGCGGACCCAACGGCCCAGCAGUAACUUUCAUCGCCAUCGAUGCCGAUGGAGAGAACAUCAACGCGGACAACAGUCUCCUUGGGACGGACAUUGUAUUUGUGACAGCAUUUCUGGUAGCGUUCCUGUUCAACUGGAUCGGUUUUCUGAUGCUGACCUGCUUCUGUCACACGAUCGCUGCCCGCUACGGCGCUCUAUCAGGCUUCGGUCUCUCGUUGGCCAAAUGGACUCUCAUCGUGAAGCACUCAACCGAUUUCGCUUCACAUGAGAAUUCUUGGCUCUGGUGGCUCAUCAUGGCCUUUGGGUUCUUGAUUUGCGUUCGUGCCCUCGUUCAGUACAUCAGCAUCAAGCGAACGUGGCGACUACUAUCAUCAUCCGCCCAGGAACGGCUACUUUUCUUCUACUGAGUUUCGUGCAUAGCUUAAGACAAGCACAUCAUUUGAAAGAUUCAUCUAUAGACAACUUAGGCUCCUAGCCGCCGAAUUAAUGUUUAGGACCAUCUCUUACAAGCUUACAAUCAAACACGACAACAGCUAACGUUUUAAAAGGAUGAAUUUUGUGAUACAACAAUCACCUCAGUUUUUCGAUUCCGCCACGUUCUCACACACGUGGAUCUCUUUGGAGAUUCGCUUUGGAGCAAUAGAUACCCACAUACACAAAUUCAACAUGCACACACAACAUGAACAUUCCCUUGAUUAAUUUCAUUACACUACCAAUCCACUUAAUCGGUUCUUGUUUUCAGGUUUUGAAUGCAGAACAACGCUACGCUAGGUUGUAGUUGAAUAAAUUGUUGUUUUAUUAGACGUUAUCGAAACAUAUAGGAUGCCAUUCGAGGACUAGUUAGUUAUUCAAACCCGCAAAAGUGCAAUCAAAUUUCCGUGUGCUUCAUGGUAGACAAUUUUCACACAGCAUCGGUUUUCGGUUGUUCUUCGUUUCGGUUUGUAUUUUUCAUUGUGUUGAAUUUUUGCUAGACUAAAACACUUCCACCGCAAGUGAGAAAAUAGUCAGGUGGAAUCAAAGAUUUAAAUAAAAAUCAACCAUACAUGAUGAAGAAAUACCUAGAGCAUAUUUUUGUAACUGUACAUAGGCUUUAGUGAGAAUGAAGUAAGACAGAUGAAAACAUGCAAAAUAUCUAUUACUAUUAUCGUAACUCAAUUGUAAUACACGCAAACUUUAUCUGAAUAAAGUAAAAAUGAUGAAAAA